GAUGUUUGUAGUUAACGUAGGUUGUACUACAAUGAGCAAAAAAUUUGAACAUCAAUUCAUUAUUAUAGAAGGUCAGUUGCUCAUACAUGUAUAAAUAUAAGUCGGGAAUUCCCUCUGAUAAUGCUCAGAGCACUCUCAGAUAUAUUGGCAGCUACUUCUGCUAUAAGUACUUUUCAUACUUGUAAUUUUUAAAAGAACACUCAUAAAAUGAAGGUUGUACUAGGCAUUUACCUCAUUAUUUGUUUGAAGGGUCUUUUUACACCUACUCUAUGUGAUGCCAGCAUAUCCACUCAUGACAUUCAGUUGAAAUUGCACAAUACUUAUGUAUUUACGCUCGAUUUCAAGAAUCAAUCGACUGCCGAUGAGAUAGUGACCCUUGAAGUUCAACACAAAGAUAUAUUGAAAUUGAACAGAUCAGAAUUUAAUGUGAGUGAUUAUGUAAACACUGUCUUACCGGUGCAAGUAACAGCUGUAGGAGCUGGUCACUCAGAUAUUUAUGCCAAUUCCACAACUAAUAAAACCGACUUGAGAGAUAUAUAUUUGCGAGUUACAGUAUUCAAAAAUGACGGCUUGAAUACAUUUUCGUCUGUGAUAGGUUGGAUAUAUUUCGUGGCAUGGUCGAUUUCCUUUUAUCCUCAGAUUUAUAUUAAUUGGAAGAGGAAAAGUGUCGUCGGAUUGAACUUUGAUUUUAUUGCGCUCAAUAUUGUUGGAUUUUGCUUGUAUUCAUUGUUUAAUUUGGGUCUCUUCUACAUACCCGAAAUUAAGGACGAAUAUUCCCAUAGGUACCCACGCGGUUUAAACCCGGUGAAAACCAACGAUAUAGUGUUCUCAGUUCAUGCUGCUUGUGCUACUUUACUUACUAUAAUACAAUGUUCUCUCUACGAGAGAAACGAGCAAAGAGUAUCGACAACCGCCAGAACUAUAUUAGGAAUAUUUGGAGUAUUUAUCCUGAUCAGUAUUAUCAUAUCUGCUGCCGGUGUCAUACAUUGGCUGGAUUUCCUGUACUAUUGUUCGUACGUUAAACUAACGAUCACUUUAAUUAAAUACGUUCCUCAAGCUUACAUGAAUUACAAAAGGAAAAGUACAAUCGGAUGGAGUAUAGGGAACAUAUUUUUAGACUUUACCGGUGGAAUGCUUAGCAUGCUUCAAAUGAUAGUGGAUUCGUACAAUUAUGAUGAUUGGGUUUCGAUCUUUGGUGAUCCGACAAAGUUCGGGUUAGGUUUAUUCAGUGUGGCUUUUGAUAUAUUCUUCAUCAUCCAGCAUUAUGUUCUAUACAGGCAUUCCAACUAUGAAACUGAUUACAAGUAAUUCUAACAAUAAGAUUAGAAAGCACUUUGUACAUAAACUUUCUUUACCUAUAAAUGAAACCUAUACGAAAAAGAUGCUAAGAAAGUUAAUCUUGACAAUAUUUUUAAUUAUUCUCUAAAUUUAAGAAAAAAAUUGUAAAUAGUGCAAUACUUUUAUUAUUUUAUUUUAUUUGUAUUAUGAUUUUUAUAGAUAUUAACGAUUUUAAAUGUUUUAUAAUUAAUUAUAAAACUUAGAAAAUUGUAAAGUUGUUAAUAAAG